GUUAAAUUCUUGAAAGACUGUGUAAGGUCUAUCGUAGUAUCGUUUCAAACCAAUUAGACUCAAAAAAACCCCUCUUGCAGAAAAACUCAGUAGCUGUAGCCAGCCAACCUUUAUCGUAGCAAUGUCCAACAACGAUCAAGAAGCUGACAAUCUUGAAUCGGUUUUCAAGCAGAAGCGGAUCAUCCGCUCCAAUGUUCGCCAGACCCUCAAGUCCAUGGAUCCCUCCCUCCGAUCCCAAGAAGAUGAUAUAAUCCAGAGUAUAGUUUUGGAAGCUCCAUGGUUCAAAUCAAGUAAGAGAUUAUGUGCCUAUAUAAGUUGCAGUGCUUUACGAGAAGUUGAUACCUCUAAGUUGUUAUCUCAAAUUCUAUCACCUGCCCCAGAUGGUAGUAAGCUUCAGACUGCAAAAAAACUUUAUGUUCCUCGCGUGGAGGAUAAGAAUAGUAACAUGAGGAUGUUCAAUAUCUCGCGCAUCGAUGAUUUAGUUGCGAAUUCCAUGAACAUUUUGGAACCUGCUUCAGUUGAUGCUGAUGGAAAUACUCGUGAAGAUGUGAUGCAUGCGAAUGAUCCAGUUGAUUUGUUCAUUUUGCCUGGACUUGCUUUUGACAGAUCUGGAAGACGGUUAGGCCGUGGUGGAGGAUAUUAUGAUACAUUCUUGAAGAACUACAAGGAGCUUGCCAAGGAAAAGAAUUGGAGGCUCCCACUCUUUGUUGCACUGUCUUAUUCUGUGCAGAUAAUGGAUGAAGAAGUAAUACCAGUCACCCCAAAUGAUGUACUGGUGGAUGCUUUGGUUUCCCCCACUGGAGUGAUUCCCAUUACCUCAGCUGCCUUAGGGAGAAUGAAGCCUUAAUGCUGUGCUCCUCUGAGUCAGAUCCAAGUGCUUUUCUUCAAUAGGAUUCUUCUGAAAUUGCAGUUUGAAUAGCCUGCAAAUUUUGAGAGGAUUGUCUUUUCCACAAUGUAUGAGAUGCAGGGGCUUGUGUUAUUGAAUAAUGGGAUACAGUUCUGCUGUGCAAUUUCUCGGAGGCCAUGAAUGCCUGUCCACCAGUGAAUUGUCAUGACCUUUGCCUGCUCAAAGCAGAGAUUGUAAUUGUGGUAUGGAUUCGGGAUAUUUUAUUGUAUUUGACUGAUCUCGCUAUAUGCAACCAUGUUGGAAUUCUCAUAGAGAGAAAAUUUUUACUCCAAUUUGCUUCACGUUUCUUAUAUUUUCUUUAAAUAUGAAAUGCUGGAAUUACAAUUUUUUUUCUUUCUGCAUCAUUUGACAAUAAUAUCCUGUCAGUUGUAACUUCAUGCUUUAAGAAA